AUACUAGAUACCCCUCAGCCUCACAGCACACAGCAAGCAAUCACAUUUCCCUGCUCAAGCAUUGCUCUUCUGAAAUUGACACACAGCUUUCAGUUACCUUCUACAUCAUGAAGCAAUGGGCAAGACUUCAUGACAAACCACUUUUGACACAUGCAGGACCAUAUGGAAAGACUCUCACCAGAGAUGUCAAUUCAGGCAGGUUCCACAAUGAUUCCAAACAUGAAAAGACUAUUAUGCUGGUGCCUUCAUCAAUCUCACCUCUAAGUCCAAACGAAGCGGUUCCUCCACCAUUUCGAGAUGUCGCGGACGAAGACACCUUACUUGAACUUCCUUCAUGGACACCACUGGCUGUCUCUGAUAGUGAAUGCAGCGUGCAUGAACUUCCUUUAGGUGCGGAGGAAGUCCCAUCUUCAACUGCUAGAAGAAAGAUGUUGCAGAAACACCAAAACAUUGCAGACCGCGGUCCCCCGACUUCCCCAGUGCCCCAACGAGAAGUCCAGCACGCAUCCAGCCGAAUUUCAGGCGUCUACUCCAAGUCAAGAGAUUCUCGCGGCUCCCCAAGUUUGCAGGAGGUACUGCAAGCAACAUUCAACGCCAAUGGUUCAUACAAUAUUUCGCCGCCAGUCACACCUAUUGAUAGCGAGGGGAGCAGCACCACCGACGGGCCAAUUGAGAUUUCUAGUCAACAUCGCCCCCGGAUCAAUAGCACUCGCAGACGCACGAGUCAGCAAGACUCUGCAGUGAUUACGGUAGUAGGCAAUGCUCUACUACCCAAGGCCAUCACAGCAGUCCCAAAGACAGCUCCACAAAGGGCUAUUCCUUACGAGUCUAUGCAAGAGGUCAUUGAUGCUGCAUUGGAUACUCAGGUAGCCAGAAUCUCUUGGCGUCGUCGGCGUCAUGUCACAAGGUACGGCAGCACCCAACAGUCGCAGGACGGCACUUCAAGGACAAAUCACUUUCCCUUCGAAGACGCCAUUUUUGAUUUUGACGUUCCAACCUCCGCAUAUCAGAGAAACCGCCACAAUGAAAUCAAACCGGGACUGGCUUCGGUCGAGGAUGAACAUCGCGCCCUGCCGCGCAAAUUUACGCGGAUGCUGGACCAUGUUCAAACUGCCUCCGUUCCACAGAAAUCUAGUGGGGAGAAAUUCAAUGAACGACUGGAUGCGAUGUUCGGAGGUGCAGAGAGACCUCACUCGCUUCGUGGAUUGAUUACUCGCGCAACUGCAGAUUCCACGUCUAUCUUCACACCAGUGCGCGAGGUUGUGGCAGAAAAAGAACCCAGCGCCGUCUCGUCCAGCGAUUCAGGAACAUCCAUUAAUACUUCGCUCCCGCAAAGCACCAUAGCAACCGGCGUUUCUGGGCGUAACGACGUCUCCCAAAAAAGGGGUUAUACGGAGAGCCACCUUGUGGAUGAACCUGUUCGGAAGAAGCAGAAAAUCCAUAUUUCCGAAGACCAGGUGUUCAAGUGGAUUGCUACGUUGCAGCGACUUGUAAAAGGAAAGGCGAAGAUUGACCACAAGGGCAUGGAGGAUUUGAGCAUAGUAUUGGCUGAGAUAGAUUCUGUGUAUCCACACCUGGAUUCAGAACAUGCACCGGUCACUUGUCUUCAAGACGUCUUGCAGCAGCUAGCGCAGUUGGAGGACAUUCCAUUCAGAGACGAAUAUGACCUUCGCCGCCGCGCAGAUGACAUUAUUGCGGAGUGGCCGGGCGCCAUAGCAUAAGUGGCAAUAUUGAUGGGAUGUUGAUUAGUUUUGGUGCAUGCGUACAUUACCCGGGGACAGAUUUUUAUACCAAGUAUGCAAGGCAUAUAGCUGUUGACGACCUUCAUCAAAUUCCUUACUAAUUAGGUCUCGUAGUUCAAUGAGAUAUCGAGUUCAUAGUCUUUCGU